CUCAGCAGGACACUCGCCCCAGCAGGACACUCGCCCCAGCAGGCAACAGCCUCAGCGGGUGCCGUUGCAAAGGCCGCGCCUGGCACAACACUGAGCAGCCCCUGUGUCGGUGUGUCCCGGGUGACUCAGCAGCCUCAGCACCCAGCACUCAGCGUUGACAGCCGCCGUAUCCUUUCUGAUUGCCACGAUGCCGGAACCCAAGCCCUUUGAGCGCCUUCCCGGCAACAUCAAGCCCCUGCACUACAAUAUCAAACUGCAGCCCAACCUAGUGAAGUGUGUCUUCCAGGGGUCAGAGGAAGUGGACAUUGAGAUUAAAGAAGCCACAAAGCAAAUUAAAUUUAACACUCUAGAGUUGACCUUGCGUGACAUCAAGGUCACACUCUCCUCUGGGGAAGAGCUUAUUCCAGCAUCAACAGAGAUUUCCACUGUCAAUGAAAUGGCCAUCCUCACUUUUGAAGAGACUUUGCCCAUUGGAACAGCCAAGUUGAGUGUGGCUUUUGAUGGAGAGCUGAAUGACAAGAUGAAAGGAAUGUACAGAAGCAAAUAUACUUCGGUAUCUGGAGAGGAGCGGUACUCGGCUGUCACCCAGUUUGAGGCCACAGAUGCCCGCCGCUGCUUUCCCUGCUGGGAUGAGCCUGCCCACAAGGCUACCUUUGGUGUGACUCUGACUGUUCCUACUGAUCGCGUUCCUCUCUCUAACAUGCCGGAAAUCUCAAGGGAACCGCAUGAAAGUGAUCCCACCCUUCAAGUAGUGAAGUUCGCCACCUCCCCCCUCAUGUCCACCUACCUGGUGGCCGUGGUGGUGGGGGAGUAUGACUAUGUGGAGGACACUUCAGCAGAUGGCAUAAAGGUGCGUGUGUACACUCCAGUCGGCAAGCAGGAGCAAGGGAAGUUUGCUCUUGAUGUGGCCACAAAGGUGCUGCCGUACUACAAGGAGUACUUCAACAUUGCCUAUCCCCUGCCCAAGAUUGACCUCAUUGCCAUUGCAGACUUCUCUGUUGGUGCCAUGGAGAACUGGGGCCUAGUUACCUACAGAGAGACCUGCCUCCUGGUGGAUCCCCACAACACCAGUGCCAGCCAGCGGCAGUGGAUCGCUCUUGUGGUGGGGCACGAGUUGGCUCACCAGUGGUUUGGUAACCUUGUUACAAUGGAGUGGUGGACUCACUUGUGGCUGAAUGAAGGCUAUGCAACCUUUGUGGAGUUCCUCUGUGUGGACCACUUGUUCCCUGAGUAUGACAUCUGGACCCAGUUUGUGACUAACACUUACAUCCGGGCCCUGGAGCUGGAUGGGCUCAAAAACUCUCAUCCUAUUGAAGUACCUGUGGGCCAUCCUUCUGAGGUGGAUGAAAUCUUUGAUGACAUAUCCUACAACAAAGGUGCAUCCGUCAUCCGCAUGCUGCACUGCUACCUUGGCGAUCAGGAUUUCAAGUCAGGGAUGAACAAGUACUUGACAAGACACCAGUAUGGCAACACCUACACAGAAGACCUCUGGGCAGCCCUAAGUGAAGCCUCCAACAAGCCUGUCGCGGAGGUCAUGAGCACCUGGACCAAGCAGACUGGGUUCCCCAUGAUAUCUGUUAGUUCUCAUCAAGAUGGGGAUAACAGAGUGCUCACAUUGACGCAGCAGAGGUUCCUUGCCGAUGGCUCUACAGGAGAAAACAAUAUGUGGAUGGUGCCCAUCAGUGUUUCAACUGAGAAGAAUCCAUCUAAGGUAGUUGCAGAAGUGUUGCUGGAAGGAAAGUCAACUUCAAUUGUUCUUGAUGGAGUUUCUGCGUGCACUUGGGUGAAACUUAAUCCCGGAACUGUUGGAUAUUAUAGGAUACAGUAUCCUCCUGAAAUGCUUGCCCAGCUUAUCCCUGCAAUCAAGAACAAGCAACUUCCACCUCUUGAUCGCCUGGGCAUUUUUGAUGACCUCUUCUCCAUGGUUCAGGCUGGACACACCAGUACUGUUGAGGUUCUGAAGGUGCUGCAGGCCUUUGAGGAUGAAACUGACUACACUGUGUGGUCUGCUGUGCACAACUGUGUUGCACGACUCAACCAGCUGCUGUCCCACACGGACUUCCAUCCCAGCUUUGCAGCCUUCGUCCGACAUCUGUUCUGUAAGAUAAGCCAGCAUCUUGGCUGGGAAGCAAAGCCUGGGGAAAAACACCUGGACACCUUGCUGCGGUCACUGGUGUUGGGGCAGCUGGGCUUGUACGGGGAAGAGUCUGUUGUGGCCGAGGCCAAAAAGCGUCUGGCGGCUCAUGUGGCCAACACCACCACACUGCCUGCUGACCUGCGCUCCCCUGUGUACAAGACUGUGGUGUCUCAGGCUGAUGAGAAGACAUAUGAGCAGAUGCUGAAGCUCUACAGGGAGGCUGACCUGCAUGAAGAGAAAGACCGCAUCUCCCGCUCCCUGGGAGCCACCCGAGACCCCAACCUUAUUCAGCGAGUCCUACAGUUUGCCAUGUCUAGUGAGGUGAGGAACCAGGACACCAUCUUCGUCAUCAUUAGUGUGGCAAUGACUGCCCCGGGACGCUCUGCUGCCUGGGCCUUCUUCAAAAAGAACCAUCAGGAGCUGCUGGACAGAUAUGAGGGAGGAUAUCUGGUCACCCGGUUGAUACGCUACAUCACUGAAAACUUUGCUAGCGAAGAAAUGGCAUCAGAGGUGGAAAACUUUUUCCGAGACAAGCAGAUUCCUGGCACGGAAAGAACAGUACAACAGAGCCUGGAGACCAUCAGACUCAACGCUGCCUGGCUGCAGCGUGAUCAGGAUGCCAUCAAGAAGUACCUGGCAGAGGCCACACAGUAAUGAGGCUGUGUCACUGCUGCUACCAUUAUGACCUCUAGGUAUAUCCUUUUACCCUGUCUCUUUCUUUAUAGGUUUUAUAUAUAUAUAUAUAUAUAUAUAUAUAUAUAUAUAUAUAUAUAUAUAUAUAUAUAUAUAUAUAUAUAUAUAUAUAUAUAUAUAUAUAUAUAUAUAUAUAUGUAAUCACUUUCUCUUUCCUAAAACACUUGCCACCAAGUGAAAGGGUAAUUUUUUUACUACACUGACUUUGUUCUUUAUCUCAGUUGAAGGUUUCAUUUUAAGAGCCUCCGGGCGGCACUCAGUGUUAUUCAAAUGGUACAGGCACAGGCCACGAGUGGAUUCAGAAUACCUCAUGGAGUACAAGCUCACUAAGGCUGGGCCGAUAACUGGAGUAUAAAGUGUAUUAUCUGAUAAUGUAAUCCUGAAUGGUUAAGUAAAUGCUAAGUAAGAUAAUAUCAUUUGUGAUCAGUCUGUUUCUCAGUUUGCUAAAAAUGAAAGCUAUGUACUGACUUCCAAAGACUGCUCAUGAAUAGCCUACUGUGGAGUUAAGCAUAGGCUACUAUACUGAUUGUGCAUCACAAUAUGCUUUACUAACAUUUUAUGAAAUUCAUGUGGAUCAUAAUUUUUGAAUAAAGGAAACAUAAAG